AUGUCCUUCCCGCAGCUGGGCUACCCGCAGUACCUGAGCGCCGCGGGGCCCGGCGCCUAUGGCGGAGAGCGCCCGGGGGUGCUGGCAGCGGCCGCCGCCGCCGCCGCCGCCGCCUCGUCGGGCCGGCCGGGGGCCGCGGAGCUGGGCGCGGGCGCGGGCGCGGCCGCGGUCACCUCGGUGCUGGGCAUGUACGCGGCGGCCGGCCCGUACGCGGGAGCGCCCAACUACAGCGCCUUCCUCCCGUACGCCGCCGACCUCAGCCUCUUCUCGCAGAUGGGCUCGCAGUACGAACUCAAGGACAACCCCGGGGUGCACCCUGCCACCUUCGCAACCCACACGGCGCCAGCUUAUUACCCCUACGGCCAGUUCCAGUACGGGGAUCCCGGGCGGCCCAAGAACGCCACGCGCGAGAGCACCAGCACGCUCAAGGCCUGGCUCAACGAGCACCGCAAGAACCCCUACCCCACCAAGGGCGAGAAGAUCAUGCUGGCCAUCAUCACCAAGAUGACGCUCACGCAGGUCUCCACCUGGUUCGCCAACGCGCGCCGGCGCCUCAAGAAGGAGAACAAGGUGACGUGGGGCGCGCGCAGCAAGGACCAGGACGACGGCGCCCUCUUCGGCAGCGACACCGAGGGCGACCCCGAGAAGACCGAGGACGACGAGGAGAUCGACUUGGAGAGCAUCGACAUCGACAAGAUCGACGAACACGACGGUGACCAGAGCAACGAGGACGAGGAGGACAAGCCCGAGGCGCCGCACGCGCCCGCCGGCCCCGCAGCCCUCGUCCGGGACCGGGGCUCUCCGCGGGCGGCCGCCGACGUGCUCGAGACCCAAGACUCGCCCCUGGGCCUGGCCAAGGAGGUCCCAGAGCCCGGCAGCACGCGCCUGCUGAGCCCGGGCGCCGCGGCGGGCGGCCUGCAGGGCGCGCAGCACAGCAAGCCCAAGAUCUGGUCUUUGGCUGAGACGGCCACGAGCCCCGACGGCGCGCCCAAGGCGUCGCCGCCGCCGCCCGCGGGCCAUCCCGGCGCGCACGGUCCCCCCGGGGGGGCGCCGCCGCUGCAGCACCCCGCCUUCCUGCCCAGCCACGGACUGUACACCUGCCACAUCGGCAAGUUCUCCAACUGGACCAACGGCGCGUUCCUCGCGCAGGGCUCGCUGCUCAACAUGCGCUCUUUCCUGGGCGUCGGCGCGCCCCACGCCGCGCCCCACGGCCCGCACCUGCCCGCGCCACCUCCGCCACAGCCGCCUGUCGCCGUCGCCGCGGGAGCGCUCCACGGAGACAAGGCCUCAGCCCGAAGCAGCCCGGCGCUCCCAGAAAGAGAUCUCGUCCCCAGGCCGGAUUCGCCAGCACAGCAGUUAAAGUCGCCCUUCCAGCCGGUACGCGACAACUCGCUGGCCCCGCAGGAGGGGACGCCGCGGAUCCUAGCAGCCCUCCCGUCCGCCUGAUUAAGGGUCUUCUUUUACUUUUGCGG